GUUACAGUCCGACAUUCCACAAUGCGAACCCCUGGCAUUUUGAUAUUUGGAAUGGUUCUUGCCCCUUGUGGAUGGGUGCUUGACUUAACCAGUACAGUGGCACCCAACUGGAGGACCAUCAACAGCGUAGACGGUGCAUCGCCUGAUGUGAUACUGAAUCAAGGAAUCUGGGACAUUUGUCGAACCUCGACAACCUCACGGGAGGUCCUGUGUAAUCAGCCGAGCAACGGAUACCUGGAGGAGCAAAUCAUCACGGUUGCACAAGGAAUGAUGGUGGCAUCUUUGAUUGUGACCCUGAUUGGCAUAGCUGUGGCAACCCCAGGAGUCAGGUGCUGGACCGAUAGACCCAACUGGACAAUCGCCGGACUGGGUGGUCUGUUAAUUUUCUGCUCGGGUGUGCUGACAAUUAUUCCCAUAGCAUGGUACACGCAUAUCUUGACCAACAUAACCGGCGCGCAAGGGACAGAUAUUCGUGUGGGUUACUGCAUCAUUCUAGGAUAUAUUGGCGGCAUCCUGGAGGUCCUCGGCGGAUUUGUUAUGUUCAUCGGGAUAUGCCGGUGCUGUGGCGGACGUAACCGCGGCGAGAAGCCUCAAAAGAACGCCGCAAAGACGACGCGUAACCGGUCUCCGCUCCGGAGGAUCACUGUGCCGAGCGUCACUAGGAGCGUGAGCAGGGCGAGCAGCGUGCCCUACUCCAAAGAUUCACUGGACGACGAAAUCGACUUUCCACGAGCGAAGAGUCAAGGCAACAGAUCUGUCAACUCAUCCUACAGCGGCAGACCCUAUGACGCCGAUCUGUGA